AUGGAGACCCUGAUAAACGUAGCUGACCUAAAGACGGGUUUGGACAAAGUUUCUUAUGAUGCUCUGCACUUACAAAAGGCUAUCAUAAAUAGGACAAGUGAAAAGAGAAGGGAGAAGCUUCGAUGUCUUCUUGGUGAAGAAGAAAGGCAAUUAGCUUCAGAACUCUUAAGAAGAAAACAAUUAGAAGAGUGUAAAUACUGUGUUGCUCGAAAGAGUAAACUAGAGCAAUAUGAAGAAGAAUUGGAACAUGAGAAAAUAAUGGAGUGUCAAAAAGCGAUGGAAAGAGAAAAAAUGGCAAAAGGCAUGCAAUGCAGAAGAGAAGAUGAAAGACAGCUGCGAAAAAUGCUCAAGAUGCAAAUGCAAGAGAAGGAAUAUAUAGCAUCAAUGAAUUCAGAAAUCGAUGAAAUGUGGCAUCGAGUAUUAUUGGAUGAUGUUAAACAAAAGGAAGAGAGAGAAAGAUUGAAAGCUGAACAUCUUAAGCGUGAAAUGCAAGAUCGAAGGCAAGCCUACGAUGAACAAAUUGCCAGCGCCAAUAGAAAGGCAAGAUAUGCUCUUAAAAUGCAGAGAGAAGAAGAGAAUAGAAUAACAGAGAAAAUAAAAAAGAGGAUGGAAGAUGAAUAUUGUGAUACAAUCAAAAAGAAAAAAGAACAACAAAGUAAAAAUAGAAUGAACUACAUAGAGGGCCAUGAACAGAAGAUGUCAGAACUCAGGAACAGAACAUUAGAAGAGAGAUCAAUUGAUCAAAGAACAAUUGAAGUGGCUUUAAAAGAAUUGUGUAAGGAGAGGCACAAGAAAAUGGCUGAAAUCCAAUCAUUUCAUAGAGAACAACAAUUAUGUAUUGAAAAUAUGGAAAAGGAAAGAAAAUUUAUUAAAAAUUUAGAAUUCGAAUGUGAUAAUAUGGUAGGCGAAUGGAAAACAGAGAGCGAAAGGGACAACGAUACAAAAAUACAAAUGUUCGAAAAGGAGAAACGAAGUAAAAAAGAGAAAAGUGCCAGUGAGUACAGAAAAUACUUAAAAGAAAAGAAAAUAGAACUCGAAAAUAAAAGAAAAGAAAGAAGAAACACUAAAGAAGACGUAAACAAAGCUGCCUUGAGAGAGGUUGAGUUAAAGUUGAUGAGGGCUAAAGAAGAAUUACGGGAACAAGAGGAGUAUAAGAGAAGCUUAGAAAAUCAAAUACAAAAUAACCAGAGAGCAAUGGAGACCGAAUCAUUAAAUAUGGAGAUGAAACAAAAACCUUUUACACGUCCAGCGAUUAUGUUUAAAGAUGCGAUGAAAGACAAAAUAAAUAAGGCAAGAACAAGGCAUAAUUUUGAAGCGAGUAGCGAGACUACACACUACACAGAGCACCGAGUACCGGAAGCUAGGAAGUAG